AUGAAGUUUCUAUGUUUGCAUGGAGCCUAUGGCAACAUUCCCUCGUACUUCGGUCCAGGACCACAUUAUCGUUUCUUCAAAGACAAAGGAGAGGCCGAAGCAUCAGCAGUUGAAGGAAUCAGAGUAUUCCCCGAAGCCGACACCCCUGAAGAUGCUCUCCGUGCACUCAUGCCUAGAGGCGAGACGAAGAUUGGCUUCGCUGAUGCGAGACAAGCUGCCUUGAAACAGCUUUAUGAAGCACUCGAUGCUGACCCUGAGAUCAACGGAGUCAUUGGAUACAGCGAGGGCGCCUCUGCUGCGGCCACACUCAUCUACGAUGAGCAGGAGAGGAUGAGAUCCGAGGGUUAUGUGCCAAGGAUCAAAGCAGCUGUCUUCUUCAUGGGAUGGCCUGCACUCACUAGCGAGAACAUUCCUGCCUUGUCGGACGAGGUCGAACACCUUCUUGAGGUCCAGUCUCUGCACAUCAUUGGUGCCAAUGGUAUGGUAACACGACAUCCUACUCCCUUACGACCACUUUUUAACAUUUGCANNGACCCAUACAAGGACGGUGCGCUUGCCUUGUACAACCUCUUUGACGACAACAUGGCUGUCUUCUUCGAUAGUGCGGGCGGCCACACUAUUCCUCGUCAUGGUAAAUUGUUGCAAGAGCUAGCUCAAGCAGUGAAAGACCUGAUCGCCGAGAUACCUGAAGAUGAUUCUGCUGAGCUGCCUGGGCCAGUCGUUGUAGCCAAACGUCUAGACUCCGCUGUCGAUAUCCCUACACUGAGUGCGCUGAAGCUGGCAGGGGUGUAG